GUUUCGUUUUUAGUCACGUUUCCGAGUUCACAGCGAGCGGUCAUAGAAACAAAACUUGUUGCCCCUUAUAUUAUAUCUGAAGCCAUGUCGAAGCCAGCACUUUACUAUGCCACACUGAGCCCACCCUCGCGCGCCGUUAUGCUGACGGCCAAGGCGAUUGGACUUGAACUUGAACUGCGCCCAAUUAACCUACUGAAAGGUGAACAUCUGACGCCCGAGUUUUUGAAAUUGAAUCCACAGCACACCAUUCCCACGUUGAUCGAUGGUGAUGCUAGCAUCCCAGAUUCGCAUGCCAUAUGCGCAUAUCUUGUUGACAAAUAUGGCAAGGGGAAGGAGUCGCUGUAUCCCAAGGAUUUGGUAAAGCGCGCCCAUGUCGAUGCUCGCCUUCAUUUGGAUUCGGGUCAUCUGUUUGCGCGUUUGCGUUUUCUAUAUGAGCCUGUUCUCUACUUUGGGUCCACUGACUGCUCCAUCGAUAAGAUUGCCUAUGUUCAGAAGUGCUAUGAAAUUCUGGAGGGUUUCCUUAAGGAUCAGGCAUACUUGUGCGGCGAUGAGCUGACCAUAGCUGACCUCUGCUGUGUGGCCACCUUGUCAUCCGGAAAUGAUGUCGCUCCCAUUGAUGAGUUCAAGUUUCCCAAGGUGCACGCCUGGCUAAAGAAACUGGCCGAGCUGCCUUAUUACAAGGAGACUAACGAAGAAGGAGCCGAGGAGUUGAAGGCACUCUUCAAGGCCAAACUGGCCGAGAAUCGCUCCGCCAAGUAGUAACAAAUACCACUAAUCAAUUCAUACAUAUUAUAUACUACACAUAUAAAUACACAAUGCCCAACAGAGAUGUACACAAGAGCGGUGCUUGAAUAAAGUUAAGUUUUACGAAAA